CGAGCACGCGCACGGACGCGCGCAUCCACCUGCACAGGUGUAAUGUUCACAGACAAGGACGUGUGUGCUUGUUUAGACCGUGUGGAGAAAUAGCGGAGAGAGCUGUAACUGGUGACCGAGCCAGCAGACACGACAGACCGGUGGAGGAGCCGAGUAGCUGCCGCACGGUUGAAAAUGUUGUAAAGCAUGAGCGCUCCAUUCAGAGAUGUGGACAGUGUUCAUUCUUCUCAACCUUUGUGCCUUUCUGCACUGCACAGUCUCCUCCUCUCGUCCUCCCAGCCCCAUCGAUGUCAGCUUCCACUCCAUGAAUCUGAGGAAUAUUCUGCAAUGGCGUCCAGAAAAUGGCACAGCGAGUGACAUACACUUUACUGUGGAGUAUGCCAUCUACGGGGACCGUGUUAAGGGCAGCAAUGGAACCCGGGCACACUGGAGGGCGAUGCAGCAUUGUACAGAAAUAAUGCGGAGAUGGUGCGAUCUGAGCAAUGAGACAUGGGAUAUAGAAAAUAGUUACUAUGCCAGGGUUCGUGCUGUAAGCAGGAAAGCAUCCUCCAAAUGGGCCGUGACACGGAGAUUCGAUCCAAAGUCGGACACUAGUUUUGGCCCUCCAUUGGUUUCCGUGGAAACAGACAACAACAGUGCCAACAUCAUUUUGAAAGGACCAAUGAGAUAUCAGCCUAACAACCAUACCCCAGAGAUUUCCAUGGCAGCGCUCUACCCCCAGAUGAUGUACAACCUCUCCAUCCACAACAGCCAACGCAGCUACACGAGCCAUUUCCUAGUGAUCUCCGGUCCGUACAAGUAUCGCCUGAUGGAGUAUGAUACAGAGUACUGCUUCUCUGCCCAGGCAAAGUUCCUCUCCAUGCCUGUUCAGUGUCAGUCCUCAGCAUGGCAGUGCAUAACAACACCUCCAGACCCUGUGGUUGACGAGCUGAAGAGGGUGGUUGUGGGUGUUGUUGUUCCAACUGUGUGCAUGUGUAUGCUGGCAGUGGUUGGCUACCUUCUUUAUCACUACCUGAUGGGGAAAGGGCAAAAGAGCCCAUAUAUACUGAACCCACCUUCUUUUAAUCCACCCCCUCUGACAUUUCCUCCUGAGAAUCUCAACCUCAUCCUCAUCACCGUCAUCCAGCCGUCAGACAUCGAGAACAGCAUAUCAGACUCCAAGCAGCAAAAACACUCACACACUGCAGAUCCACCACCAGGAUACUCCCCCCAGAGGUCUGAACCCCCUCCAGAGCCUGAGGAACCCUUGGAUGAUGAGUCCAUUGACUAUGGGUUUGUUGGUGCAGCUCCUAAAAUCAUUGCAAAAGAGAGGAGGUGUGACGGUGGGGAAGAUGGGAAUAAUCUGAAAGGUAAACACCAGAAAGACGAAGCAAAGGAAAGUUACAAGAAGAAAGAGUGGAGAGUUGAAGAUGGAAUUUACCCUCCUCAGGCUAAGCCUCACCUCAUGCACAGGACAACCCACACAUGCUCCCAAACACACAUGCCGAUGCACACACAGACAGAGAUGAGCACACUUAUACAGGCGCAGGUGUUUUCAGAUCACUUGACCCAAACUCAGGCACCAUUACUGUCUUUUCAAGAAGCACCAGAGGUGGAUAGGGAGUCUCCUGGUUUAUUCAUAGAUGGAGGUAUGGAGGAAGAAAGCAAGAGUGAGAGCGUUCCCCUUCUUUCUGCCUAUGCCUCUCAGAACAUCAACACCACCCACGCUGACCAAUCAGAUUUCUUACUAGAUGACUAUGGUGUUCUGAGACUGGCUACAGCACAGGAAAUAGAGAAUGAUGAUGGUGACGAGGAGGAGGAGGGAACUGUUUGUAUUGACUGGGACCCUCAUACCAGGAAGCUAGUGAUGCCAGAGGUAGCGAUGGAGUUCACUACAGAGGAGGGAGGGUUGGAUGGGUUGAUGCAGAGAGAGAAAGGGUGGGAGAACAGAGUGGGAGGAGAGGAGGAGGUGAGCGCGACAAAGGGUGAGCUGACACUGGAAAAUGUGUAUGUUAGACAAGCAUCUGAAGAGGAGGCAGAGGCGCAGAGAGAGAGGGAGAGAGGCAGGGAGAGAGACAGGGUGGGAGGGUGGGAAGUAGAUGAUAUUUUAACCAAAUGGAACCUGGUAAUCUCGAUGGACCAGUAGAUGAUAUUCAUCAAUACAUUUACCAUUAUUAGACAAAAAUGCACUUAUGAUGUACAUAUAAAUAUAACAUCAUGACAGGAAUAAAAAUCCUAAAAAUGUCACUGGACAAACUCAGUUUGAGUUAAAAUAUAUGUGAUAAUAUAACUGUAAUAAACCUCCAAGGAGCACUUAGUACGGCAGUAGUGUUACUUUGAGACCUGUUCACGUUGCUGCUUUAUCAUUAGAAUUUUUGUUGUUAAUAUUGAUGAUUUAUAGUUACUAACUGUGAUUGACUCUGAAGGAAAUUAUGUUGGCCAGAGAGAAGCAUUGUGUGCCUUAACUUUGAGAAGAAUUCCUUUAGGAAAUAGUGUUUUCUGGAUAUAUUUGUACUUUAUGAUUUCAUAGAGAUAACACGUAGUUAAGGAUUAUUGCUUUAAAAUUCAAUUGUGUUAGUGUAAACAUGUACACUACCACAACAAGCACUAAUGGACUUUCCAAACUGUCAUCAAAAUACCAAUUAUAGAUUUUUUUUUUAUAGAUUGCGAACUCUUUAUCUUUAGCACCUAUAAAGAAACUUUACUACAGUCUACCGAUGCUCCAUUAGUGGACAUGUCCAUGUUUAUUUAAUAACAUCGUCUAGCAGAAGUAGAUGUGAAUAGCUUUUGGAUUCGGUUCAGUUUGUUCCUAUUUUAGCUCCAAGUGAAGCACAGUUUUUGUUAAGACAACUUGGGACAGUAUUUGUUUACAGUAUGUUGUUCUUAAAUUGGGCUGAAACAUUAUAUAAUUAAUGCAUUCAUCCUUUUUUUAAACUAAUUACCAUUCCUGAAUAUACUAUGUGAAGGAAAUACUGAAUGAGAUGUGCAUUUUAAUACAGUUUUAUACUUUAAACAGUAGCACUUUACUCUUUAUUAUUUAAAUAAUGACACUGCCUGAUCUACUGUACAUUAUUAUAGUCAUUAUUAUCUGUACCUGUGUACUAAAAAAAUCAUCAGUCAUCUUUUUUUUUCUGUGAGCACAUCACUGACAGUACAACAUGAACAGCAUUAUCACUUUGUCUUCUUAUCUGUUUAACUUCUGUAUGCUAUAUUUUUUUGUUUGGUGGAGAUGUUCAGAGACUUCUUUAUUUACUACAUUCACUUCUGCAUUCCAUAAACAUAAGCUUAAAAUAUUAUGUAAUGAUUAAACUACAGUAAACAUUAACAUGCACUUUUUUUUGUAUCAUAGUUAGUUAUUCAGAAGACUGCUACAUUAUGUUUUAGUAUGUAAUAAUGAAGGAAUGAAGAAAGUUGUUAAUGUCGUUAAUGUUUUACCUCUUUGACAAGCCUGCAUGAAGUCAAAACUACUGAGACAUGUUAUAUGGAGAAAGCGUUGAUGAUACAUUGAACAGUUACCAGCAUUGUGCUUUGUCACGGUCUAGUUUAGGGAGUUUCUGGCAAUGAAUUACUGUCAAAUCUCUUCCUGUAUACCAGUAAUCUGCAUGCACCCAAAGCCACAGUAAGGAAGAAUUCUGAAACUCUACAGGUAGUUUCAGGUUCAUGUAUUUACACAGCUCAGGUUAUCUGCAAUGUUAUGAUAAGUUUGAUGCAGUGCAUGAAGUUGUAUUUGUUUUGUUAAAAUGGUUUUAUCGCGGCACAGAAGUCAAGAUGUUUUUGUCAUAGUUUUGUAUAC